AUGGCGACGGAUCUUGACAGCGUGGGGCAGUGCCGAUUCGGAGUUUGCUGUGGGAGGAUGCACUCGCGCAGGAGGACGACGCUGUCGGGCGUCGUGGUGGCGUCGAUGGCAGAGAGACCUGGCACGGUCUUGUCGCAAAUCCGUGAUCUCAAAUCAAGAGUUGAGGAAGUGAGUAGCAGGAACACCCGGUACAACCUUAUUGAUAAGAACCAUAUCACUAGAAACAUUGAUGAGAGGAAUUCUUGCAUGGAAGAUAUUCGCAACCAGUCAGCUAGCAACAUCGAUGAAGCCGAACUUGUGGGGUUUUCCAAUCACAAACAAGAGCUAAUAAGGCUUAUUGAUGACAACGUCAACAAUGGCCCUGUUCGGGUAGUAUGUGUCGUUGGCAUGGGUGGUUUGGGUAAGACCACUAUUACAAGGAAGGUUUAUGAAAGUACAAGAAACUUUUCAUGUUGUGCUUGGAUCACUGUCUCGCAGUCAUUUGUCAGGAUGGAACUUCUCAAAGUUAUGAUCAAAGAACUCUUCGGUGACGACGAACUCAAGGAGCAACUUGACGUGAAGGUGGUGCGAGAAGAGUAUCUCGCUAGCUACCUCAGAGAAAAGCUACUUGAGAAAAGGUACUUUGUUGUUCUUGAUGACUUAUGGAAUAUAGAUGAUUGGAAGUGGAUCAAAACUAUUGCUUUUCCAAGUAGUAACAACAAAGGUAGUUGGAUAAUGGUAACAACAAGAGAUGUUGGCUUAGCUGAGGAGUGUAUCUUGGAAUCUUCUGGAUCACUUAUCUACCACCAUCAACCAUUAGAAACAAAUGAUGCCAUAAAAUUACUAUUAAGGAAGGCAAGGAAAAGUGAGGAAGAUAUGAAAAAAGAUGAGGACAUGAGGGACAUAGUUGCUAAGAUAGUAAAAAUGUCUGGGCGGUUACCUCUAGCUAUACUCACAAUAGGAGGCAUGCUUGCCACCAGAGAGGUUAGUGAGUGGAAAAGUAUAUAUAACCAGAUCCCCUUAGAGCUAGAGAGCAACAGAAGCCUUGAAGCAGUGAGGAGGAUGGUUACCAUGAGUUACAACCACUUGCCCUCCCAUCUUAAGUCAUGUUUUUUGUAUUUAAGCAUAUUUUCAGAGGAUUUUGAAAUAAAAAGGAGGCGUCUGGUAGAAAGAUGGAUAGCCGAGGGCUUUGUCAUUGCUAGAGUUGGGAUGAGUGUUGAGGAUGUUGGGAAUAGUUACUUUAAUGACCUAAUCAACCGGAGCUUGAUCCAGCCAUCAAGAGUGAACAUAGAAGGAGUUGUGAAGAGUUGUCGAGUUCAUGAUAUUGUUCGUGAUGUCAUGGUCUCAAUUUCUAGAGAUGAAAAUUUUGCAUGGUCUACAUGGGAUAAUGUAAACGGCAUAGCAGUGGAUAACUUUCGUCAUGUAGCAUACCAAGGCAGUUGGAGCCCAAAUAAAGGCUUGGAUUGGAACCAUGUCCGAUCAUUCACUGUGUUUGGUGAGAGAUCCAUGAAGCCGGCACCUUUACUAUGUUCGCCCGACUUUAGGAUGCUUAGAGUCUUAGAUCUACAUGAUGCCAAUUUUGACAUCAAACAAAAAGAUAUCAGCACCAUAGGGUCGUUGCAUCAUUUGAAAUAUGUCCAUGUUGGGUCUUCAAAUGUCGAUGUUGAUAUUUACAAGCUCCCAAGAACCAUAGGGAAACUACAAGGCUUGCAGAGUUUGGACAUCAGACAUGGUAACAUAACAUCACUACCAACUGAGAUCACUAAACUACAAAGCCUUCGUAGCCUCCGUUGCAGCGGAAAUGGAGUAUGUGCGAAUUUAUACUUUGUUUAUCCAAUGAUCUGGUUCACGUCUAUAUUCUGUAUGCCUAUUCUGUUCAAUCCUUUAGUUCGUCCGAUUGAUCGUCCAUUCCUUAUGAGGGGCAUUCACAAGGCAUGGACUGGUCGCUUCUCCAACUCUGAUGGUGUGAGGGUGCCUAGAGGGAUCAGUAACCUAAAGGAGUUAGAGAUACUAGAGAUUGUGGAUGUUGAACGGACAAGUAGGAAAGCAGUUAAAGAGCUCGGGGAGCUUAUAAAGCUCAGAAAGUUGAGUGUCAGAGUUGGGGCAAGCAAGCAAAAGAGCAAGAUACUCUGUACAUCCCUUGAGAAGCUCACUUCCCUCCGCUCUCUUUGUCUCUGUGUGGAUGUUAGUACAUCUGGGAGAAGCGGUGCAUCACUCAAGUGUUUGCAUUCUCUUUCCACCCCUCCCCCUCUCUUGAGGAAGCUGAAUUUAAAAGGAGAUCUCGGGGAGUUGCCUGACUGGUUUGGGGACCUGGUACAUUUGGUGAAGAUUCACUUAAACUCGAGAAAUCUAAAGGAUGGAGAUAAAAGCAUGAAACUACUAGGCGCACUGCCCAAGCUCAUGAUCCUUCGUCUUUAUUGGGAAUCUUAUGUUGGGGAGAAACUGGUUUUCAGAGCAGAAACAUUCCCAAGUCUCAGGAGACUUGAUAUUUCGAGCCUACAGCAACUGACAGAAUUGGUAUUCGAGGUAGGCACCUCGCCCCAGUUGGAAAAGUUCGAAAUUGAAUGGUGCAGUUUGAAAUCAGGGAUUAUUGGUAUGAAGCACCUUCCAAAACUCAAGGAGAUUUCAAUUGGUCAUGAUGGUGAAGUACCGAGGCUUGGUGCGCUGCAAGGUGAGUUGGACGUGCACCCCAACCAUCCCGUGCUGCGACUCCGAAGGCUUUGCUACAGCGACCUGGAUGACGUCGCCGAAGGCUCCACUACAGCGGUGCAAGUGGAGGAAGCAACAACAGCAGCAGGGGAGGUGGUCAUGACAACGUGGAGCGACAAGUCAGCUACUUAAUUUCUCUUUCCUUCAGUAGCUGUAGCUGUCAGCAGAGGAUAUUUAUAUUUCUCUUCCCUUCUGCUUUUAACAGCGAAGAUGAUCUGCGAUGAAGAUGAUCUCGCUCAGGUCGUCACCUUGAAACGCCAUGCUUUCACGAGUGAGCUGUUGCUCGUUUCCACUUCUUGCUGAUAAUUCAUAAACAAUCAAGGUACAACAAUCAUGCAUGCACAACAAUCGUUUGCCUCAACUCCUGUAAGAGGUUAUGUUUCUGCUACUGAAUUUAAAACUGAACAUAAUUAUCUUUUAGAUGCAUAUUCGAUGACCUACAGUUUGUUACUACUUGGUUGUCACAAACUCCGCUUCAGUAUAUAUAUACAAUUACCUGCCGUUAUUUCCCUGAUGGGGAUGUAAGUAUCACAUGUUAUUUCCCUGCCGUUAGUUCCAUUGUUAUAUCCAUCAGUGUAUAUAUACUAUUUGUUUCCUUGAUUCAUCUCUCCUUUUGUUGUUUCUUACAGAGAAGAUGAUCUGCACUGAUAAUUUCUUCUCUGUUUCAUUCGCUUCUCUAACACCUUGUACUGACUUAUCAUAAUGUUUGUCAGGUCUUUUUAUGCACACCAAUUGUUCAUCUCAAUGUCUGUAAGUGGUUAUGUCUGCGCUAUAAAUUUUACCUGCUGGACAUGUACGCAUUACCAUAUAAUGUCAAGUUUCCAGGCUGCAGCCUGCAGGUGAAUGUUUUUUAUAUCCAUGGUUUUCUACUUUGAUUUUGCUUUCAGCUUUUAUUUCCUCUGAUAACUAAAACAACGCACUUCGUUUUUGAAAACUAAACCACAAUGUCAAAGUAUGAUAUGCACUAUGAGUUGUUGUUACUUUUCAUCUCCAUACAGAAGCAGUACUUUAUCAUAUCAGUUUGGUGUCUUAGACUCUCACCAUCUAUUACCAUUUAGGCUCCUCUUGUUCUAUAUUUGAAGCACCCAUUUGUUGCCACACUUUACAGCAAGUUAGAAUUUCAAAAAUCCAGCAAAAGGUUGUAUAAUUAGGAAGGAGCCAAAUGGAGGAAGGUAUAAUCCAUGGAAGUACCAGAGGAAUCUUGAUGUCUAGCAAGAGCUGAAGCAACUCUCGCAUAUGAGAAUUGAGAAAGGUGCUUGAGAAGGACACCGAAUGUUCUGAAGUGUGAAAUGUGAUGACACUGAUAACUGCUGGGGAGAAGACGUGGAAAAUGCGAUGGCCUACACCACAUGAGAGGCUGCUGCUUCAUAAGCUGCAUAUACGUACUGUUAUGCUGCAAUGGCCACCACUUUCAGCCAUCCAAGUUCUCUGCUGAGUGGUGGCCUUUGAUAUGGUGCAAUAUGAAGCUGAGAGGGAUCUCGACAUUGCUCCACUGCGAAUGGAAGAGGAACGCAUUGAUCUCGGGGCUUGAGUGUAAUGUAGGGAAGUAGUAAGCUACACCGCUACUCAGAAGGUGUUUACAAGUUGCAACCGUUGGCCCAGAUGAAAAAUCGCUUCUGACCAACCUGAUGAGAACACCUGCAAUUUUGAAUACAGACUUACCUUGUUUUCUAGUACUCUGUUUUUCCAGAGAUGUUUAGUUCCUCUUUCUUUUGCUGCUUCCACUAUGCUUGUGCUUGCUUAUAAUCAAAGAAUGAGGAUUGCAUGUGUUGUUAUCCAAGUCC